AUGUCAAUAAGUUCUUAUCAAUCGAUAUUGAAUAAUAAUAUAACUGCUUUAUCAACAAUGUCAACCGGUUCUUCAAUAUCAAAUUCGUCAUCAGGUUCAACGGGUAGUAAUGCACCGGUAUCAUUUGCUGCUGCUAAUGUUGUACGUGGUAUGAUGGAAAAAGUUUUAACUACACCACCAAUGGGUUCUGGAAUGAUGUCUUCAUCUACAAAUAUUGCUCGAUUAUUUAAUGAAAAUGAUUAUUUAUCAUCACCAGGACUCGAUUCAGAUUUUGGUGAUACAUCGCCAUUACUUUGUACAGGUUCAUCAAAUAAUUUAGCACAUCAAUAUCUUCGUUCAGCUAUGAGUAGUAAUAAUCAUAAAGAACAACAACAAUGUCAACAUACAAAUUUUCUAUCACGUCAUUGUUUACCACAAACUACUCGAACAAUGCAUAGUCCAUUUUCACAUCAUCAAUUUACAGAUUUAACAAAUUUAAUUGAUUAUUCACCACCAUCAACAUCUCUAACAACAUCUCAUGAUCAUAUGAAUAUAUUUUCUGAUUCCGAUGAUACAAAUGAUUCAAAUGGAAAUAAAAAAUUUAUUGCUAAACGAGCACAAAUUGAUAUGACUAAACAAGUAACAGAUGCUCGUGCUUUGUAUUUUAUGUUAGGUAUUAAAAUGAAAUGUAAAUUUUGUUUUGAAAAUGGUGAAUCAUUUGAAGUUUAUCGUUCACAUAUGUUACGUAAUGGAGCUGGAACAAUACUUUGUCCAAUACUUCGUGCUUAUGUAUGUCCAAAAUGUGGUGCUACUGGUGAUUUAGCACAUACAUUACGUUAUUGUCCAUUACAUCAAUCACCUGGUACUAGUCAAUUACUUGGUAAUGUUUUUGAUUAA